AUGGCUGUUCAGACAUACUCUUUGCCUCCUCUUCCCUACGCCUAUAAUCACCAAGCCUAUGUCACAAACCUCAAUGCCGCCCUCGGCAACUACUCCAAGGCCGUUGCCGACUCCAACAUCCCCGACCAGAUUGCAUUGCAAAACAUGAUCAAGUUCAACGGCGGAGGUCACAUCAACCACUCCCUCUUCUGGAAGACGCUUGCCCCCGCCGACAGCAAAGACGCCGUCAAGACGACAUUUGGGGGCCUGGCCGGUCUGACCAGUGCAUUCUCGUCUGCUCUGAUGGGCAUCCAGGGUUCGGGCUGGGGAUGGCUCGUCAAGGCGCCCGGCAGUGAUGGCGGUCUACGCAUCAUCACGACCAAGGACCAGGAUCCCGUUGUCGGCGGAGAAGUGCCCGUCAUCGGGAUUGACAUGUGGGAACAUGCGUACUACCUACAGUAUCAAAACGGCAAGGCCUCCUACGUCAACAACGUGUGGAAGAUUAUCAACUGGACGGCUGCUGAGGAGCGGUUCAUGGGCAGCCGAGGCGAGGCGUUCGAGAUUCUCAAGACUGGGGCCUCAUAG